CAAUGUUAUUGGCAUUUUUGUACUAUUUUGUGUUUGCGUACUUGUAUAAGUUAGUGGUGAGUGGUCCAGCGCAGACUUGGGAGGGGAUCAGUAUCAAUUGCCGCGACAAUGAUGAUUCUCCUGUUGAUUGGUGGUACAUUUACAAGCCGCCGGCAGACAAGCUGGACUACACCGACGACGGGUCGCCAUUCAUCUACGUGACGUCACGCCAAAGCGACAAGAGAUGGAACUACCCACGGAAAACUAUCAUGGGCAACUCGCUGCUGUAUAAUACAUUGGCGCCGAGCUAUCGGCCAACCUACAGCGCUCAUAUGGCGUCCAUAUUUUUCGAGGUUCCAAGUACUAGCAGCAGAACCAAUCAGUCUAUGCAAGGGUUCAUGUUGGCUGAUGAACUGGGAGGCGUGCUUGUUUUGCACACUGUACCAGGAUUCCCUACUUCUUACACAAAACGUACCCACUGGCCUUCAAACGAGCUGAAACACGGCCACCUAUUCACCUGCCUGUCACUGUCUCUACAAGAGCUUGUGUAUGCUGGCGCCACCAUCGCGCGGCUGAGUCCCACAGUGAAGUACAGACAGAUGCCAGGGAAGUUGGAGCCCGCACUACAUUCGUGGGACUUUCGGAAUAAAGCUGAGUGAGUAUGUUUUGUGCCUCGUUUAGGUAUGUAUUCAUUAUUCUUAUCAUGUCGAUGAUAAAACCCUCCAGUUAGACUAGGCUAGUGUUUACCUCACCGUGGCACAAGGACGGAAGGACUAUACGUAUACUUAGAUUGCGUACAGUCCAAGGUGCGCCGGAUAAGGAA